AUGGAGAUCCCCAGCUUUUCUGGAGCUGUCAUGCUUUUAUGUGGUCUCUUGGCCUUCUUUAUUUUCAGAACUAUCGCCUCGUAUGUCAGGUUGAAGCAGUUCUCGGGUCCUUCGUGGACGGGUAUCUCGAACUGGCCUCACAGUCUAGCGAUCCUUGGUGGAAAUUGUCACGAGUGGUAUGCGGAAGUCAAUAACAAAUACGGUCCCCUUGCCCGUGUCGCGCCUAAUGUGCUGAUUACAUCCGAUCCUCAAGUUUGGAUGCAUGUUAAUAAUAAACCUGGAUACAAGCGCUCCUAUUGGUAUUAUAGCGCUGCGCGGAUUGAGUAUCGCAGGGACAAUGUUUUCAGUCAGACGGAUAAUGCGAAACACGAUAAGAGGAGGAAGCAGAUGGCUCCUGGGUACUCAGGAAGAGAAAACACCGACCUGGAAGAAUCAGUGAACGAGCGAGUCCACGAAUUGUUGAAUCUCAUCCGCUCCAAAUACGUUUCAUCUGAUCGCAUCAUACCCAUGGACUUGGCAAAAAAGGUCCAAUACUUCACACUGGAUGUCAUCAGCACCGUCGGCCUCGGCAAGGCAUUUGGUAUGCUGCAGAGUGACCAAGACGUGGAAAAUUAUCUCCAAUCUAGCGAGGAGGGCCUCGCAAUCUGCAACACAUCUCUCGCCUUGGGCAUCAGCUGGAUUGCCCAGGCGCCUUUCAUUGGCAAGUUCAUCGCGCCUUCGCCAAAUGAUAACAAUGGCUUCGGUAAAAUGAUGGCUGCAUGCUUCCGUAUCGUCGAUGCGCGCGCUGCCAGUUCCACGGACAAACGAUCCGAUAUGUUGGCCUCUUUCAUCCGACAUGGGCUAACAGGCGAUGAGCUUCGAACCGAGGCACUGGAACAGAUUAUCGCAGGCUCUGACACGACUGCCGGUGCUAUCCGUGGUAUUCUCCUGCAUGUUAUUACCAAUCCGCGGGUCUAUGCCAAAUUGCAGCGCGAGGUCGACGAUGCCGUGCGCAAUGGCCUUGCUCCGGGUAAUGGCGAUGGACUCAUCACUGCUGCCCAGGCAAAAGAGCUUCCGUAUCUCCAAGCUGUCAUUCGUGAAGCAAUGCGAGUCUGGCCGCCAGUAACGAAUAUAUUCUCGCGCGAUGUCCCGGCCGGCGGAGAUACACUGAUUGUCGGAGGUGAGAGUGUGUACGUGCCGGGGGGUGCCUGCAUCGGGUACUCUGCGUACGCAAUGCACCGGAGUGAAAAUAUUUAUGGCAAGGAUGCGAAAGCUUUCUGGCCUGAGCGUUGGUUUGAGUCGGAUCCGACGAAGUUGGCUGAAAUGGUCCGGGCGAAUGAUCUGAUAUUCGGAUAUGGCAAGUUUCAGUGUCUUGGAAAGCCAGUGGCGCAGAUUGAGAUUGGGAAGCUGGUUUUUGAGCUUCUACGUAACUUCGAACUGGCGUUGAUCAAUCCGACGCAUCCAUGGGAUGUGAGGAACAUACUUGGACUUUUCUCGGUUACGAAUAUGUGGGUGCAGGUCAUGGAGAGAAAUCCAUCAUCC